CUCAAACCAAUCCCAAGGGAAUAAUCAUUUUACACUUCCCCUUGAUUUGGAUAUAUCUGACGCAGACAGACAACAACACUGUUCUGGAAUACGUAAUAACACAGGGGGGAAUUGUUGGCCUCGGUCUUGCAAUUUGCCUGACCUACUAACAUCAAACGUUAUAUCACACAGGGGUCCAGUCGUCCAAGCUGCAUCGGGGGUAAUAUCGGUCCGAGUUGAAGCGGGUUACACAUGCUAUCUUCACAGUGACAUUGGUAUGACACCGUUGACCUGCGACCAUACAGAGUUACAGAGUCAACGGAAUUGUUCUCCGGAAGAAACUGUCAAGACUUGUUUUGGUUCCAUCGUGCUCUUUUACGAGUCGACAGGUAACGUUAGCUGACCUUGACUAAAGUAUGUCUUGCCCAUGCACAUCGGCCGCGAGGAUAUUCUUGAAUUCAGCACAGAGAGGGCUGUCUGGUUCUCGUGUUCAGCUCUAUGCUUUGAGCAGACCUGGUUGGGGUUUUCGUGAAGCUCCUCUACCUCGCAUAGUCCGAGUGAGAUCCUUCCAUGAAAGUGCAGUAUGUUUUGCCUCUAAAGAUGGAACGACGAAGGAUGGUUCCAGCGACGGUGGAAAGAAGAGCAUCAGUGAAGGAAAGAGAUUGUCGGGCUCUUCUGGUGGAUCAGGGAAGGGGGGUAACCAACUGCACUGUCCCAAAUGUGGAGACCCGUGUACACAUGUGGAGACCUUUGUAUCGUCAACACGUUUUGUAAAGUGUGAGAAAUGCCAUCACUUCUUCGUGGUGCUCUCUGAGACGGACUCUAAGAAGGGUCUGAAUAAAGAAGCAGAGUCGCCCGCUGAGGCUGUCAAAAUGGCCUUCGCCCAGAAACCUCCCCCGCCACCCAAAAAGAUCUAUGCCUACCUGGACAAGUACGUAGUGGGUCAGUCCUAUGCUAAGAAGGUGCUGGCGGUAGCUGUGUAUAAUCACUACAAGAGAAUCUACAACAACAUCCCUGCUGGGAGCAGACAGGUGGAGGUGGAGAAACAGGCCUCGCUCACUCCACGAGAGCUAGAGACGAGAAGACGGGAGGAUGAGUACAGAUUCACAAAACUCCUUCAAAUAGCAGGGAUCAGUCCCCAUGGCAACGCUCUAGGAGCCUCCAUGCAGCAACAGGCCACUCAGCAGGCUCCUCAGGAGAGGAGAGGCGGGGACGUGUUAGACUCCACACACACCGACAUCAAACUGGAGAAGAGCAACAUCGUGCUGCUAGGCCCCACCGGAUCAGGCAAGACAUUGUUGGCCCAGACCCUGGCCAAGUGUCUAGAUGUACCCUUUGCCAUCUGUGACUGUACCACCCUGACGCAGGCUGGCUAUGUGGGGGAGGAUAUUGAGUCUGUUAUUGCCAAGUUGCUGCAGGAUGCCAACUACUCUGUGGAUAAAGCACAGCAAGGCAUAGUGUUUCUUGAUGAGGUGGACAAGAUCGGCAGUGUUCCUGGGAUCCACCAGCUCAGAGACGUAGGAGGAGAGGGUGUGCAACAGGGUCUGCUCAAACUCUUGGAGGGCACGAUAGUGAACGUUCCAGAGAAGAACUCCCGGAAGUUGAGGGGAGAGACGGUGCAGGUGGACACCACUAACAUCCUGUUCGUAGCGUCAGGGGCCUUCAACGGACUCGACAGAAUCGUCAGCAGACGGAAGAAUGAGAAGUACUUGGGCUUUGGCACGCCCUCCAACAUGGGUAAGGGUCGUCGUGCGGCGGCAGCAGCCGACCUGGCUAACAGUAGUGAACAGACAGACAUGGUGGCAGAGAUGGAGGAGAAGGACCGUCUGCUGAAGCUCGUGGAGGCCCGGGACCUCAUUGAGUUUGGGAUGAUCCCGGAGUUUGUAGGGCGUCUGCCUGUCGUGGUGCCUCUACACAGUCUGGAUGAAGAGACGCUGGUCCGUAUCCUGACAGAACCACGCAACGCCGUCAUACCCCAGUACCAGGCCCUGUUCAACAUGGACAAGUGUGAACUGAAUGUAACGACAGAGGCUCUGAGGGCCAUCGCCAGGCUGGCUCUGGAGAGGAAGACUGGAGCCCGUGGCCUGAGGUCCAUCAUGGAAAAGCUUCUUCUGGAGCCCAUGUUUGAGGUGCCAUGUUCAGACAUCAUGGCUGUGGAGUUAACCAAGGACGUCGUCCUGGGCAAAUCAGAACCACAAUACGUCAGGGCUCCAGCAAAGGAGGCAGCAGAGGAGGACUAUGACUCUGGUAUUGAAGAGGAGAACUGGCCCAGACAGGUGGACGCAGCAGCUAACAACUGAUCGGAUCAGUCCAGUCACUCAUUUCAACAACUGUUACAUCUACAAUCAUUAGAACACCUUCUAGAACAUUUGGAAGCCAACUGUAGGUUCCUGGAAUUCCAGCCCCUUGAGCCAUCUAAACGGACCUCCGUCAGGCUCUGUAGACCACUACUAAAACCACACCAUAAAACCCUUUUCAUAAUGAACAACACGGAUUUGAGCUCGAGAAGUACCUUAUUUUGGUCCUGUGAAUUGGACAGUAGGCUAAUUCUUUAAGUUAGAAAAUGAAGAUGGACCUGCUAUAGUGUAUAUAUUUAAAAAUUGUGGGGUAGGUAGUGUCAUUUCUAUUCUUUAAAAAAGGAUUUAAAUAGGUGAUUUUUGUGUUUUCUCUCCUCUUGUGUUGUGGUGAUGACAGAUUGAAACGACAAUGGAAACAAAUAGAACAUUACUGGGGUCGUAUUGUACACUUGAAGACUUAACCAGGGCUAGGAAUGUUCCGUUUUACUAUCAAAUCAAAGUUUAUUUGUCACGUGCGCUGAAUAUAAUAGGUAUAUAGACCUUACAGUGAAAUGCUUACUUACAGGCUCUAACCAAUAGUGCAAAAAAGGUAUUCAGUGAACAAUAGGUAUAAAAUCUUCAAUGUUACAUAACAAUAUACAACUAAUGCCUUGGGGUUCAAAUACUAUUUGAAAUUGUAUAUAUAUAUAUAUAUAUAUAUAUAUAUAUAUAUAUAUAUACAUACAUACAUACUUUGGAGUGUUUUCUCUGGCCUGCUUAGAGUGCCAGGUGGGCGGGAUUUGUACUUUUGGUAAUAUGCUGUUAGUUCCAUUGCAACAGUGAAGUUCAAUUGAGCCCAGCUAAAGUAUUUGAGAUGAUUUCAAGUAGUAUUUGAACCCAGGUCUCUAGGUGUAUGAUAUUCCAUAAUGAGCACAUCAUUAUUGUGCUGUUUUUCUAUGGAGCUAAAUUGGUGCCAAAACUUUACUGGCAGUAAUUUAACUCCAUAUUUCCUCCUGUCUACUAUUUUAACGGUAUUCAUAAUGAACAUAACUGGGCUGUAAAUGUUGGUAUUAAAGCUUCAGUGCUGAGUUUAGAAUCCGUUUGUAUCACAGCAACACACCUGUCAUUAGGGAAAACAUCAUAACAGCGUACUACACCCUACUCCAGCACACUCAACAGAGCGGAGAUGCGUCCAAAAUGGCACCCUAUUUGACCAGGACCUCUGGUUAAAAAUAGUGUACUAUAUAAGGAAUAUGCUGCUUUUUCAGAUGCUGACCGUUUGAUCGUAGUAAUGAUUUUUAUUUUUUUUUAUGUUGAGAAUGUUAAUUUCUGUAGUGUUGUACCCCCCCCUCUAGAAACCCGCUCUCUAGGGAAUGUAUCUGUCAGCUCUCUCUAACCUCACAGGGUUACCUACUGUUAGAUCGAUAUCAAGCAAGGCAAGGGCUUGAUAUUCAAAAAGGUUUCAGAGUUGCUGUCCUGGGAUCAGGUGCUCCCGGUCCAUAUCCGUAUUCAUUAUUAUUCAUAUUAGUAUUCAUUAUGUUCUAAAAAGGAUAAACUGAUCAUAGAUUCAGCAUUCUUACUCUGAUAUUCUUUCUGAAUGUUUUACUUUGCUCUGGCUGGGUCAAGCUUCACAAACCCACCUCACAAUGUAGUAAUGCUCCAGUACGUCGUGUUACUAAAAUGGUCCCUCAAUCCAUCACUAGGCACUUCUGCAAUUAAGCCUUUUAACUAUUUCUAUCCACACUGAACCAUGGCUGUUCGAUGUCGUGUAAUGCUGGUAUGUGCUAUUAUAAUACAAUCAUCAUCAUAAUAAUACAAUUGUUUGUGUUCCUUUUCAGUUCCUUUAUGCUUCUCUUCUCAACGGUCAAUCAUAAUAACAUGUAAAAUCUCAAUUUAUUGAUGUGAUUGUUUAAAUAUUAUAAAUAAAAUGUAUAUCUCUGUACAGAA